UUUUUUUAAUCUCCAUUUUAGAGAACAUUGACGCAUUUGUAUAUCUGGUACCGCGAAGGACUGAAACGGCAGCUUUACAGCUUUGCAGCCGUUUUGAAAUGGACCGUGUCCUACAUUAAUGUCGGACAGGUAAAAAAAAAAAAAAAAAACAAUCCCCCCUGGCCCACCUACCCUGAAGAGAUGGACAGAGGGGGCUCCGGGCAGACAGAUGGGCAGGGCUCAGGAGAAACGGACAGGGAGACGGCCCCUGCCAGCAUAUCCUCCCCUUGCAGCACCCAGGCUCCUCCCAUCUUCCCCUGCAGCACCCUCAGCAACAGGCACACAGUCCAGGCCAUGGGGUCAGGAAACAGACGACUGCUUUCUUCCUCCCCCUCCUCUUCCUCCUCACUUAAAGGGAGCAUUUCUCAGUCACCCAAUACAUCUGAGCAUUCAGUAGCACUGCCCCCCACAGCUCAGCCGGACAACCGCGCCCAGGUCUGCUGCUCCACAACCAGCAGGAGCAUGAUAUCCCAGCAGGCCUGGCUAGCAGGGAAUGGCUCUUCCAGCACCAACCAGGCCCACGUGUAUCUGCAUGCCCAGAUGUUGAUUUUCACUCCCGCCAGCUCUGCGGGUGUGGCACAGCCCGAUCUGCCUAUUUUCACCUCUGCCUCAACCCGUUCCCCCUCUGCACAGGAGCAAAAUCAGGCUGAGCAGACCAACCGUCCUGCCGUGCAGAGUCUUCCCUCCAAAACCCCUGCACACCACAGGAUGUCUCUGUGCCCCCCAAAGCCCACCCAGCAAUCAGAUGCAUCCAAAGAAGGACUGUACUCUUCGGUCCCGUCACACACCCUGAUGAUGCACAAGCUGCGAUGCAGACUGAGCCACAAGAUGGCGCACCGCAACCGACUCAUCAACCCAAAGCCCGCUGAGGGCCACAGUCUGGUUCACUCAGUUUCUCUCCAGGCGGGUUCUCUGCCCACCUCCCAACUCUUCUUAUCCAGUCAGACCCCAGGGACCCCUGUGUCUUCUGUGUUCGAGGUCCAAUCCCAGCACUGCACUACCACACGAACUCUCCCUUCAGCCUCCUCUUCCUCCACCAAGCAAAGUGAGGUGGCCGCUCAACACAAGGCUCCUGCCACAUCCCCUGUGGCAACCCAGUCCCCCACCAGCCAUUCUCCAGCUCCUGUUGUCACCCAACCUGAAAAUCUCGUCCAAUCCCUGCCUUCAGCCUUACUGGAGUCUCCUCCCCGGCAGCUUGUUGGCCCUGCCCAGCUACCUGCGCAUAGCCCUGUCCACAAGCCCCCCAGUCUUUCUCCUGCUCCCUCCCUGCCAGCUUCCUGCACAGGCCUCCAGUCUGCCCCCUGCCCUAGGACCUCCGCGUCCUCACCCUCACAACCCACUUCACCCCGCCCACUGAAGCCCCUGUCCCCUGCGUCAGUGCAGGGGCUGACAGGACAGAUGCAAUCCUCAGAGGAGACCCCAGCAGCCAAGACGCUGGUCCAGGUGCCCCAUCAGGACCCGCCCCCUCCGCAAAGGGUCGUCAAGGACCCGCAAACCCAUUUGGCAGCUCCAUCUGAGCUCCCGAAGGACUUGUCCACAGUAUAUCAAAUGGUGUCCCUGCGUGAAAUGGACAGUGCAUUGCGCAAUGGAGAACAGGAAAAGCCAGGCAAUGAGGAGAUGCCAAACCUCAUGGAGCCUCCACUUGAGAACAGUACCCAGAUACAUCCCACUCUGCUGCCACCUGCUGGACAGGAGGGAGACUGUAGAGACACCGCCACUGACUUAACCACUGGCACCGGCCAAUCGAGCACAGAGCCAAAAGGCGAUGCCCACACGGAGAACUCUUCUGUGGAGGCCCUUCACACAAGCUCUUCCCAAGCUUCCCUCCCACCUGCCGGGGGGCCAAGCGGCAGCCUGCCCCCCUCUGCCAGUCACCUCGGGGGUGCUGCUGAGAGCCAGCUCCCACAGGCCAUCAUCAAACCCCAGGUCCUCACACAUCUCAUUGAGGGCUUCGUAAUCCAGGAGGGGCUGAAGCCGUUUCCGGUACGUCCAGUGGAACAGCUGUCAAGAGGACAUGGAGGCAAUCUGCAGGUGAACCGCUCCUCACUGAUGGUGGAGAAGCAGGCCAAAAAUCCUGGGGCCCUCCAUGAGAUGAGUGGGAGUGAGGUCACUAGCCCCAUGAUGGACGUGGAGCACCCCUGGAACUCCACAGACACUGACAUGGAUGACUUUGCCACAGACGAUGGUAUGGACGAGGUGCUGGUGGACAUGUUGCACUGUGAGUUCUGUGGAAAGAGGGGCUAUGCCCACACCUUCCUGAGGGCAAACCGCUUCUGUUCUACCACAUGUGUGCGAAGGUUUAACGUCAGCAACACCAGACGCAUCAGCGCGCUGAAAGCCAAUCGGACCGGCCGUGGGAAGGACCGCAGACGGGGGCGGAGCCGGAGGCCCAGCAGCUCCAGGGAGCAUUUUCACAGACAGGCUGCCCAGAGCACCAGUUGGUGGCCGAUGGAAGCGGAGGAGGAGGAGGACCCUCCCGUUCCCAUGACAACCAGACUCCGGCGGCAGGCGGAGCUGGAGCGUGAGAGAGAAACGGCGGACAGUGGCGGGAGCCCGCCCACCUCGCCAUCUAGCCCUGUGCUGUGGACCGUGGACCAAGUGUGCGCCUUCGUGUACACGCUGCCAGGUUGCCAGGACAUCGCUGAGGAGUUCCGCUCACAGGAGAUCGAUGGCCAGGCCCUUCUGCUGCUAACCGAGGAUCACCUAAUGAGCACCAUGAACAUCCGGCUGGGGCCCGCACUCAAGAUCUGUGCCCGCAUCAACUCUCUUAAGGAAGCCUAGAGAAAGAGAGAGACCAAAACCCCAUCCUCUCCCCUCAGCAUCCUCUCCCCAUGUCUCCACUUGGGGUGUCCUUAGGUCUAAACCCCUCAAAAUGCUCCUAUUCUCACCCUGAGGUAGUGAGUGAGGCUUGGCUGAAUUACUGUGCUUAUGCAUCAGCUGAAACAGAAGCAGCACUGCCACAGAGGGCACAAAGGAAGGGUGGGAGAGGGAGGGAGACAGAGGGAGAGAGAGAGAGUGAGUGUCUGUCUGCGUGUUUGUGUGUGUGUGAGUGAGUGAAAAUGUGUCCACUGACAAUGUGUGCUUGUCUUAGAAAGCAUGUCCACAAAAAGAGGGUGUGUCCACAGCAAUAUAGAGGGCGUGUCCACUGAGAAUGUAGGCGGGUCCUCAGGGAGAGCAUGUCUGCAGACGGAGGGCUUGCCUCAUUGGAUCAAAAUCCUUCAGUUUGUCUCCUACCUUGUGUUUGGACGGUCAAGAUAUUAAGGCAUGGUGCAAACACAUGACAGCAUUGGAACGCUUGUACGCUUGGAACAGCUGCCACAAUGCCAUUUACGCCAAACUGUUACCUCUGCGUGUUUCCAAUGUAGCACUAGGUGGAAAUUGUAGUGUUUUAUGCAAAACAUUUGAAGUGUGUGAUGCACAAAAUUCAUAUUAUUUAUUUUUCUUAAAUUGCACCAUUUUCUUCGUUCUGAAUCUACAUUCUAUAAAAGUAAAGAGAUGAUAUGUAAGAUUAUAGAGAUGAUAUGAGCAGCUAGCUUGAAGUUUUUGGCCCUUCUAGAUCCACUUUUGGGUCUCAGUAUAGCAGAGCCAUUUUGUGCACUUUAAUUACAUCAUUAAUCCAAAUUGUAUUUGUGUCACCCUGAACCAGCCACUGAUUCUCACUGAUUCUCUUUACCUAUGAAUAUUUGUGCAUAUUCUAAAGAGAAAACAUAAACAUUGAGCUCCUGCAGUGUAAAGUGUGUUUUCAUUAAGACAAAUACGCCUUGUGAUUUGUAAUAAAUUAUUACCGGCAUUUUUGGCUUCAGCAGCGGACCUGUCUACUUGGGUUCAUAGCUUUGGGUUUUCUAUUUGGCAGCUUUGGACACCAGCUAGUUGUCUUGUAAAUAUUAUUCAAUACCCUUUCCAGACCCCUGCAGAUAUUAUUUUUCUAUAAUGCAUAUGCAUUUGUCUGUAUAUAAGCCAAGGCAGUGGAUUUGUGCGUGUAGACAUAUAUCACGAGUGAAGAAUUUAUAAUAUAUAUUUUCAGAAGAAACAUGCUUUUUGUUUUGAAAAAAUAACUUGCAUUUACAGAAUACUUGCUUAGGGUGGUUGAUGGUAAGAAUAGAGAGAUCAUAAAAUAUCAUAAUUGCAUUUUAGUACAUAGUAUUCAGUGCAUAAUAAUUGACACAGAAUAAUGUGACAUCAUGUGCAGUUACCGUGGUUACAGGUAAUGGCUUGGAAAGGCAGUCAUACUGUACGAGGGCAGUCAGCUAGGCCCCAGCCUGGUUCCAGUUCAGCAUGGCACCAGCUCUAAAGCUUGAAAGAGGUAUUGAGCACAAUGUCUGCCUUGCUUCCUCAAAAGAUUUCAUGAAACAAAAAUGCAUGCAUUUAUUUAAUCAUUAAAUAUAUAUUAUACAAUA